AUGUCUGAAGCACAAACUCGGCCUGCGCGAGGCAGGAGCUCUGCCCGCGGCGGCAGGGCAUCAUACGGCUCCCGGGGCCCCAGAAAGACCAACGGCGACAGCGCGUCCUCCAACAUUGACACAUCGGCAGACCAGGGCGAACUGGGCGAACUUAAGAAGCGCUACCAGUCACAGCUAUCCACACUGAAGGAGCUAUUCCCCGACUGGACCGACGCCGAUCUCGUCCUCGCAAUCGAAGAAUCUGACGGAGACCUGCAGACCACCAUCGAGAAGAUCAGUGAGGGCGCCGUCUCACAAUUCUCAGAAGUCCCAAAGAAAGCAAAGGACAGGUCCCGCUCCAAGGCCAAGGAGAACGUCCCCCUCGAUGGCGCGUCCAGCCUGCGUGGCCGGCCCGACGGAGCCCGUCGUGGAGUCGACAGCGGUCGCGGCGGCCGUGGCGGACGAGGCACUGAUCGUGGUCGCGGUGGAAUUCGUGGCGGUCGUGGAGGCGCCGCCGGUGGACCUCGUACGGCUGCUGGAUCAGUCCCGACUACCGAGUCCGCUGCAUGGGACACGCCCACAGUGCCAGAAGAGUCCAAGGAGACCAAACAGGACGACGAGACCGUACACGCGCCUGAAGCGACCCCCGAAGCCAUAAAGCCUGUCGUAGAGGCUACUAUGACAGCCGCGAAGAAGACUUGGGCGAGCAUGUUUGCUGCACCCAAGCCCGUCCCCGCAGUCCCCAAGGCAGCUCCAAAGCCCGCCGCCGCUGCUGCCCCCGAAGUGCCCUCACAAGUACCCGACGAGACGCCCGCGCACCAAGUUGCCCAAGAGACCGCCGUGCAAGCAGAAGAACUGCCUAUACCCCCAGUUGCAGAUGAGGCUGUCCAGACACCGCCCAUCACCGCCGAAGAUACGUCCAAGAUGACGCCGGACAAGAGUGUGGAUGGUGCCCCUGACGUCACACUCACACCCUCCGGAGAUCAACUUACACAAGAGAAUGUUGAGCACCUGCCUGAUACGUCCAUCCCACCCAAGACGGAGACGGCUUUCAGCACUGUCGCAAGCUCGAAGGAUGUUGGAAGUGCUGUAGCGACCCCCUUGAACGGUCCUACACAGGCACCCAUCGGUCGCCCCGCCAUUGGAGGAUUCCAAACGACCGCACUAAAGGCGACUUCUGGAACCCCGAACCGAAGCGCAAGCUACCAGAGAAGGUUGAUGGAGCAACAGGAGGCCGUGGUCAUGCCCGGAGACCGCGCCGUGGACAGGGCAGCAGUCCAAUUCGGUAGCAUGGGAUUGGGCGACGGCUCGGAUCCAGAUGUCGACGAAGACAGGGAAGAGGCGGAGACGAGAACUCAGCCGCCCCAACACUCUCCCGUCGCGCAGCCCAGGGCUUCCCUACCUCCCGCUCCCCGCCAAGCAUCUCAAGAUGCUCCCCAACAGGAGGUCGCUCCUACACCAAAGCAGGCCCCUGGACUGCCCCCCGUGCCCCAACAUCAGCCCGGCCUACAGCAGUCUCCCUCGAAUCCGCUUGCAUCCCAGGCUAUGCAGAACCAAGGAUCCCAGUCCAACCAGCCAUACAAUCAGUUUGCUAGGUAUGGUCAAUCAGAGGCCUCCGCCCCACCGCAGAAGCCAUACGAUCCAUUCGGCCAGCAGAUCCCGCAGUCGAACCACUCGCAAUCGCAAAACUACGACUACCCCGGCCAACAAAGCCAGGCCCCGUCCCAGCCUGGUGCCUUCUCGUCUGCCCCAGACGGUUACCCCUCCAACUACCUCACUGCCGAACAACGCGCGCAAUACCAGAACUACUAUGGAAGCUACGGUCAGCCUAUCGCACAAAGCCAGCAGGAAGCUGGUUCUGCUCAGCAGCGCACUGGCAGUGCCUUUGGCUCUGGACCUACUGACUCUGCUUAUUCGCAGAGCCAAAUCCCACAGGUAAGUGCACUCUCUCAAGAUCUGAAGAAGCUCGCCAAACUCAAAACCGAUGAUCUUGCCGACCAAUCUGAACCAUCUCAUGUGAAUGAGAAACUCUGGGCAGAGAUGGCACAUGACACGGGCAGAGUAAGGACAGCAGCUAAAAUAGAACUCUAUAUCUUCUCCCAUCAUAUACUAACAGAACCCCGUUACGGCGAUGCUCAGAACAGCGGACACAACACUCCCAACCCCGCUGCCAUGGCUGGCCAGCAAGGACACGCUGCUCAAGGCCAGCACGCGCACAACGCGCACAACGCAGGCUACCCAUACAGUCACCCGUACUAUGGCAGCCCCUACUACACUAACUACGUAAACCAAUUCGGUGGUUAUGGUCAGGGAGGAGCCGGAUAUGGCUCGUUCGGAAAGGGUGGCAUGUACAACCAGCCUCACCACUACGGCAUGUCUCCUCAGGCUUCAUUUGACCAGCACUCGUCGUCCCCCGCCAAUGCAGGCGGCUUCGGCGCUUCCUCUUUGCAUGAUCGCGGCAGCGGUAUGGGCGCAGGCUUCGGCGACUAUGGUCGCUCAGCCUCUGGAGCUUCUCAGAACCCCAGCGCCACUGCCGGCGCUGCUGCAUUUGGCGCCAUCCCCGAUACCAUUACCCGACCAGGGAAUUUCCACCAGAGCUCCUACGGACAGCAGGGUAGCCAAGGGUUCAACGAUGACGCCCUGAAGCCCUCCAGCGACUACAAGAGCGGUGGACCCAGCCCAGCGGCUCUUGGUGCUCAGCCUGGUCGCCCCGGUUCUGCCAACCAGAGCACUCCCGGACAGAGCGGUCCCCAACACUCCCAGCAAGGCUACGGCAACUACCCAAGCCACCUCGGCAACAGCCAAUACGGCGGUCUCGGUGGUCUAGGUCACCAGAACUCCGGCAACCACCAGCAGCAGAGUGGCUACGGCAACUAUGGCGGCUUUGGCGGAGGAUAUGGCGGCGGCAGCUACAACCGCGGAGGUUGGGGCGGAAACUAUGGCCAGCACUAG